CCACAACCUCUCCAACACAACCUCAACCUCAACCUUUUUCAUCCCUUUCUCUCAUUCAAACGCUUUGAGAUCGUAGACUGCUACGUAUCAUACCACUGCAACCUUUCCGCUUCCGACUACGAUCAGCAUUCGACGUCGAACGCAUCUGUAGUCAUCUCAGCCUUGGCCCUCCCUUCAAACAUGGCAAGUCGAGCAGCCAACAAGCGGCUCACCCGCGAAUACAAAACUAUCUCCGAGAACCCUCCCCCUUAUAUCGUCGCCCACCCCUCCGAAUCCAACAUCCUUGAGUGGCACUACAUCCUGACUGGACCUCCCGACACACCCUACCACAAUGGGCAAUACUGGGGGACUUUGAUAUUCCCUCCCAACUACCCUUUCGCUCCUCCCGCAAUCCGAAUGCACACCCCUUCUGGUCGCUUCCAACCCUCCACCCGCCUUUGUCUGUCCAUCUCCGACUUCCACCCUAAGUCAUUCAACCCGGCCUGGGAAGUAUCGACAAUUCUCAUCGGGCUUUUGUCUUUCAUGACUUCGGAGGAGAUGACAACCGGUUCAGUGGGUGCAACCGAAGCAGAGCGGAAAUGGGCAGCGGCACGAAGUCGGUGGUGGAACAGCACUGGCGGUGGAAGCUUCAGCGAUGGAAAGACAAAGCAAAAGGGAAAUAUCAAGGCUGGUGACGGAGGUGCAAAAUUCAGGGCAGAGUGGCCGGAAUUGGAUAAAGAGAACUGGAAAUAUAUGAAGGAUAACAGGAUUGAUACCGUGACUGGGAAUACAAUCCAGGAUCCUAGUACAUCUGGACCAAAUUGCGGACCUACAAUCGGUGGUUUGAGGAGACCAAGUGGCAGCCAAGCAGUGGUGGGAGCGGUCGUUGAAGGCGGUCGAGCUGUUGGAGAAGAAGGCCGAAGUUGGAUUCGGAGAAACAAGUUACUGGUCAUUGGGGGUGUCAUAUUCACGUAUGUCCUCAUUGCAAGGCUGCUUGGAGAUGGCACUGGUUCCUCGAAUUGAGAAUCUAGGCUUGAUGGGACGGACUGUACACGUUUGGGUGGAAUCGACUACUCAGUUGCUGGAGACACCAGUGAAUACUAUGCAACUCCUGUGUUGUAUGAAUACACGUCAUUAGGAUUGUAGGUAUAGCAAGGCGUUUGGCGGGGUUAGAGAGGAAUAAAAUUGGCGUCUAGAGUGUCGUCAUUCUGCCAAUUCUUAAGAGUCUUUUGUUCGUCGAUAGCGUCCAUAGUUGGAUUGUGCGAUUUUUCUUUGGUUUACUGUAUAUCUCUCUUCGUCAAUUCAUUAUCACAUUUCACUCGCACUUCCCGAUGGGGAUUGAUCGAGGCGCGAAC